AUGGCUAAUCGGCAUUUGUAUCAAUCGUUAGAGGAUGGACUGCCUGAAGAGAAUGAUGGCAGUGUUAAAAAGAUUUUGAAGAUAUUUUUAUUUAAAUUGAGAGGUUUACGAUGGAUUUUGGCGGGAGUUAUUUUUAUGAUUUUGACCACUCUGUUAGGAUUCAUAAUGUAUAAAGAAUCAAGCGAUGUGAUCGUAGAUCCUGGUUUGAUCGUUGCGUAUAAUGGAGCUGUCGCUUCCGAACAAAUUAUUUGUUCGCAAUUUGGAGUCGAUGUUUUGAGGGAGGAGGGAAAUGCCGUUGACGCAGCGAUUGCGAGUAUGAUUUGCGUUGGCACGAUCAAUGCUUUUUCGGCAGGAAUCGGCGGGCUACCAAAUGGGACUUCGGAAGUGAUAGAUUUUCGAGAGACUGCGCCAGGCGCAGCCACAAAGGAUAUGUUGGCUGGCAAUAACAAGAAUAAUGGACUGACCAUUGGCAUUCCUGGGGAGGUAGCUGGAAUGAGACUCGCGCAUGAAAAAUACGGGAAGUUACCAUGGAAACGACUUCUCGAGCCAUCAAUCAACAUUAGUCGUAACGGAUUUCCUGUCCCCCCUGAAUUGGGCGUUCGUUUGGAACUUUACCGGGAUGUGAUAAUGAACAAUCCUCAACUUGCGGCCACAUACGCGCCUAAUGGAGAGUUGCUAAAAGAAGGACAAAUUUUAUACCGAACGAAUUAUUCCAUAACUUUGGAGAAAAUCGCAAAUGAUUAUACAGACUUUUAUAACGGUUCUAUCGCAAGAUCGUUGAUAAAAACGAUUAAGGCCUCUGGAGGCAUAAUGACACUAGAGGACCUCGCUAAUUACCGUCCCGUGUUACGUGAACCCGUCGUUGGCUAUUAUCACGGGAGAAAGGACAAAACACACAAGGCGGAUUAUUACAAUCCGGUCUACGCGGAGAUAAAUGACCAUGGAACAACGCAUCUUUCCACUAUUGGCAAAGAUGACAUGGCAGUUGCCUUUACGUCGACGAUAAAUCGAAUUUGGGGUUCAAAUGUAAUGGAUCCUGACACGGGAAUAAUACUUAACGACCAACUGGAUGAUUUUUCGACACCUGGUGUACCCGACUUUUAUGGAAUGCUUCCUUCGCCACAUAAUUUUAUCGUACCAGGAAAGAAACCAUUAUCAUCAACGGUACCAACAAUAAUUGAGAAAGAUGGUAAACUUGAAUUGACACUCGGUGGUAGUGGUGGAACCAAAAUACUUUCUGCCGUGUUAGAAGUGAUAUUGAACAUAUUUGAUUUUGAUAUGAAUGUAUUGCAAGCUAUCCAAAAAUCCAGGGUUCACCAGCAAUUGAAGCCAGAAAUUGCAUUUAUGGAAUCUGGAUUUUCAUACGAACUACUGAAUGACUUGUUAGACAUUGGACAUGUCAUACAAAUAGCAAAUGUUAAGGAUAGAAGGUUUGCGUGUAUGGUACAGGCUGCCAGGAAGUUUGAGAAUGGAACUAUACACG